AUGUCAACGGAUUCUGAACAUCAUCGACCAUCAUUUCGUUUUCGUGAUAAAUUUUCACGUAUUAAAGAUAAAGUUAAAGAAAAAGUUAAGGACAAAGCUAUUAAACAUAAUAUUACAUUAAUUGUUCAUCAAAAUUUAACAUCAAAUGAUACAGAUGAUCAUUAUACUACACAUAGUAGUCGUCAUGGUUUUCGUCAACACAUGCAUCAUAUGAAAGAUGUUUUAAAAAAUAAAACACAUUAUAGUGAAAUUAAAGAUAAAAUAAAACAUAAAAUUGAUGAUAAAUUUGAUUUACAUGAUAAUAAAACAUAUCCAAAAGGUUUUUAUGAUUCAUUAUUUAGUCCUGAAACUGAGAAUGAUGUUUAUUUACAAACAGCACUUACAUGUUUGUGGGUUAUUGCUCUAUUAUGUAUUAUACCAACAAUAAUAAUUAUAUUUUUACCUUCAAGAAAAAAACGAACAGCUACUAGUACCAAUAUGAUCUUUUUUCAUAUAUUUCUUUGUGAAAUUUUUUAUCUCAGUUAUGUUUUAUUAGCAAUUAUUAAUGUGGCAAAAGAUUUUCGUUUGGGACCUUUUCUUUGUGAUUUUGCAAAUUAUGGCAUGUAUGUAACAAUUCCAAUAAUGCAAUUUGCUCUAUUAUUUCUUUCUCUUGAACGUUUACAAACACAUUUUAAGUUAUCAAUGACAUGGACAAAAAUCUUUACUAAACCAUUUUUAAUACAAGUUAUUUUAUGUGCUAUAUGGAUUAUUCUAAUAGCAUUAGUUGCUACAUUUAUGUUUAUAAAAAAACAAUUUAGUUUUAAUUUUUUUAAAGAUAAAAUACAUAGUCUAGCUCCACCAAUAGUUGGUGAUGUUGUUGAACGAAUGGUUGCACGUCGUCAUCAUUGUUCAAUUGAUGGUCGUUUAUCAUCUGUAUUUAAAACAGUAAUUAUUAUUUUAUUUAUUAUAUUAAUUGUUAAACCAAUUAUAUUUUCACUUGGUUUUAAUUUAUUAACACCAUAUUGCUGUAAAAAAAAACGAAAAGAUCUUGAAAAACAUGUUGAUCGUCGUACAACAACAUUAGUAACAAUAUUUCUUUUAUUAAAUUUAUUUUUUUCAUUUCCAUUUUAUAUUGUAUCAAUGUUUAAUACUAUAUUAACACGUAUUGAUUCAACAAAAGAUACAUUUACACUAAUAUUAAAAAUAUGUUUUACAUUACGUAUAACAAAUAUUAUAUUUGAAUGUUUAGCAUUUUAUAUAUUUGAAAGAAAUUCAUGGAAUUUAUUACGUAAAUUAUUAUAUUAUGGUACAUGUAAAAAAUGUUCUAUAUUUAAUGCUUCACCAGAUGAUGAUGUUAUGUAUACAAAAGAUCCUGAUGUUCAAGAUCUUAUUAAUAGAACACGUUUACCUUCGGAUGAUGAUGAUGAUAAUAAUAAAGAAAAAAUGAAAAAAAAACGACGAACUAAAAAAGAACCUGAACCAAUAACUGAAAGUGAACCUGAUGAUGAUGAUGAUGAUGAUGGAGCAUUUAGAAAACCAAGUAGGAAAAAAUCAAAAUUUGAAAAAGCCAGAACACCAGAUGAAAGCGAUAAUGAUGAUGAUAAUGAUGAUGGAGCAUUUAGAAAAUCGAAUAGAAAAAAACCAAAAUUUGAAAAAGUCAAAACACCAGAUGAAAGCGAUAAUGAUGACAAUAAUGAGGAAACUGUUAUCAAACCAAAACCAAACUCAAGUAAAAAGAUUAUUGAAUCUGAAGAAGAGGAAGAGGAAGAGGAAGAUGAAGACGAAAAAACUAUACCAAAAACCAAGAUUAUUAAAAGACAAACAUCAUCAACGAAAAAAGUCGAAAGUGAUGACGAUGAACCAAAACAAAUUACGACCAAAAAUCGAAAGUCUAAAAUAAAACAACCAGAAAGUGACAAUGAUGAAGAUAAUGAACCAAAACAUAUUACUAUUACAAAACGAUCAUCACGAACAAGAAAACCUGUCAGCAAUGAUGAUGAUAGAGAUCAAAGGUAUCAAACUACAACAAUUCCAAAACGUAAAUCACGUCCAAGAAUUCAAGAAGAAACAACUAUCGAACAUCCAAAAACAAAAUCAACUAAAUCACAUCGUAAUGAUGUCGAAAUUCAAAUACCAAAUGGUAGAUCUACAUCACAUCGACCAUCAUCCGUUACAAAAAAAUCAACUCAAAGACAUUCAACUUCUACUGAUCAUCAUAAUACUAAACAUCAUUCGCGACAGCGUUCACCAUCAUUAAAUGAGAGUGAAGCUGAUAGAGCUUCAGAUGCCAGUCAUACAUCUUCGAAAAUGAUCAAGACUUCUGCUUCUUCUAAACCAAUAAUUAAACAAACAACUAAAACUCAUUCAUCAUCGAAAGAACAUAAGCAGAUUCGAAGUCGUUCACCAAAUCAAUCACAUUCUCGAUAUAGAACAGAAUCUUCACCAUCAUCACCUCAACGUCGAGCAAAACCAACAAAAUCAACUAAAUCUCAUCAUACAACAAGAAAACAUAGUCAUAGUGCAUCAACAAAAACAAAUAUUCAUACAAAAAAACCAAAAAUAGAUCGUCGUACUAGAAUUCUUGAAAUGUCUGACGAAGUAUAA